AUGCUCAAACCCAAACCCCGCCAACUCGCUCUUCAAAACCUCAACCCCCACACCCAAAACCAAUUCCUAUCCCACACGGGAAAGCUCCUGCACCUCUUGAAACAAUGCCUCUCCAUCAAAGAGCUCAAACAAAUCCACACCCAAAUGCUCAUCAACUCCAUCCACAAACCCAACUUCCUCCUCCCCAAACUCAUCGACUUCCAAGACUUCCCCUACGCCUCCACCCUCUUCUCCCAAAUCCCCGAACCCAAUUCCUACGCUUUCAACGUCAUGCUCCGCGGCCUCACAACCACCUGGCACAAGUACCCACUUUCUCUUCACCUCUAUUACCGAAUGAAGUCUCUGGGUCUUUCCCCGGACAACUUCACCUUCCCAUUUCUCUUCAUUGCGUGUUGGAAUCUCUCCGAGAUUCGUCACGGCCGUGCCGGGCAUUCUUCGGUGGUGAAGACCGGGUUUGGUAGUGACGGACAUGUUUGUCAUUCUAUGAUUACCAUGUACUCGAUGUGUGGGGAGUUGGGUUGUGCACGCAAGGUGUUUGAUGAAAUUCCCCAGAGAGAUUCGGUGUCGUGGAACUCGAUGAUUUCCGGGUAUGGGAAGAUGGGGCGUGCACAGGACGCGGUGGGGUUGUUUGGGGAAAUGAGGGAGGCUGGGUUUGAGCCGAAUGAGAUGACUCUGGUGAGUGUUCUCGGGGCGUGCGGGGACCUUGGGGAUGUGGGGUUGGGGCAGUGGGUGGAGGACUUUGUUGUUGAGAAGAAAUUGGAGCUGAAUUCUUAUUUGGGGUCUGCGUUGAUUGGGAUGUUUGGGAAGUGUGGUGAUUUGUGUUCAGCCAGGAGGGUUUUUGACAGUAUGAAGAAGAAGGACCGUGUCACUUGGAAUGCCAUGAUUACAGGGUAUGCUCAAAACGGAAUGUCAGAUGAAGCAAUGGUGCUCUUUGAUGGCAUGAAAGAAGCAGGUGUUAUCCCUGAUAAAAUUACAUUGGUUGGAAUGUUGUCUGCAUGUGCCGCAAUUGGUGCUCUAGAUAUGGGGAAAUGGAUAGACAAAUAUGCAUCUGAAAGGGACUUUCAACAUGACAUAUAUGUUGCUACUGCGUUAGUUGAUAUGUAUGCUAAGUGUGGCAGCUUAGCCAAUGCACUAAGAGUUUUUGAAGACAUGCCCCAGAAAAAUGAGGUUACUUGGAAUGCCAUGAUAUCUGCCCUUGCUUUUCAUGGGAGAGCGUGUGAAGCAAUAUCCCUAUUUGAGCGUAUGACAGUAGAAGCUGGGACUGCUCGGCCAAAUGACAUCACGUUUGUCGCAGUACUUUCUGCGUGUGUUCAUGUUGGACUAGUGGAUGAGGGUCGUCGACUUUUUGAUCUAAUGAGCUCAUCAUUUGGGCUGAUUCCGAAAGUAGAGCAUUAUUCAUGCAUGGCAGACCUUUUGUCACGAGCAGGACGCGUGCAUGAAGCUUGGGAUCUCGUCAAGAAAAUGCCUGAAAAACCUGAUGAAGUUACCCUGGGAGCGUUGCUUAGUGCCUGUCGGAAAUGUGGAAAUGUAGAUGUCACUGAACAGGUAGUUCAGCUGCUUCUAGAAUUGGAGCCUUCAAACUCUGGAAACUAUAUUAUCUCAUCAAAUAUCUACAAGGGCUUAAAAAUGUGGGAUGACUCAGCAAGGAUGAGAGUGUUGAUGAAAAAAAGGGGUGUCAGCAAGACUCCUGGCUGUAGCUGGAUUGAGACAGAGAUUCAACUUCAUGAGUUUCACGCUGGUGAUAAUUUAGUAGAGAUCUCUCACGUACUAAAAGUAUUAUAUGAAGAUUUAAAGGAUGAAGGUUACACACCAAACAUUAAUGCUCUCUAGUGAAAAAAUGAUUAAAAAAAGUGCUAUACAUCCUGACAACUGAUCGGCAUGCUUAACAAUUUGGGGCAGCUUUUCAGUUUGGACAUGCAUAGAAAUGGAUAUGCACAUGACUGUGGAAGUGGAACUUGAACAAACACUGCUCUGAUAUUUAGAGCUUACAGGUAAGUAUCUAUGUUUUCAAGCUAAGAGAUGUUGCAAUUACUUGGAAGAGUGCAAAGCAUACCUCGAGUACAAGUUUUAUAUAUAUUCAAGCACAAGAGGUUAUGAAAACAUUUGUACAGGUUAUGGCUCAAGAGGUUCCUAGUGCAGAAUAAUACAGUAGAAACUAUUAUUAAGAACAACAAGAGGUUAACCAACUCUGUAUUUUACUAAGAACAACAGGAGGUUCUCAAGAGGUUAUGGCCCUUAAAGAUUCUCUGUAUUUUACUAAGAACAACAUGAGGUUAACCAACUGGAAGAACAUAAAUUUGAAGUACUAAAUGAUCAAGACUAACACAGUUCCAGUUGGUCUCUACCCAUAUGUACGUAACCUUAAUUUUUACUAAAUUAUUAAGU